AUGAUCUCUCUUCAGCACAUCCCUGAGGAUGGUGCCCAGUGGCCUUUGAUCUUUUCCCUUGUUCUAAGGCCAACACGGGCGCCAUCGGCCUCAAGAUCUCUGAAUCCAUACAUAGUAUGUUUUGUUACCGUCGCCGUUGUGGUGAUCCUGGCAGUGACCACAGCUCUACUUGUCUACUUUUUAGCUUUUGGUCAAAAACAUUACUUUUACCGUAGCAGCAUUCAAAUCCUAAAUGUUCAAUAUAGUGAUGAGCUAAGUUCAUCAGUUACACAGAAAUACAGGAAUUUGAGUGGAAAUAUUGAGUCUAUGAUUACUAGAACAUUCAAAGAGUCAAAUUUAAGAAAACAGUUCAUCAGAGCUCAUGUUGUCAAACUGAGGCAAAGUGGUAAUGAUGUGAUAGCAGAUAUUGUCAUGAAAUUUAAAUUCACCAAGAAUAACAAUGGACCAUCAGUGAAAAGCAGAAUUGAGUCUGUUUUACGCCAAAUGCUGAUUAACUCUGGAAGCUUGGCAAUGAACCCUUCAACUGAGUUAACACAAUGUGGGGCCCGUCCAGACCUAAUAACAUUGUCUGCCGAGAGAAUCAUAGGAGGCACUAAAGCUAAGGAAGGAGACUGGCCAUGGCAAGUCAGUUUACAGUGGAGUGGUGUUCACCACUGCGGAGGUGUCUUGAUCAGUAAGAAGUGGAUCCUGACAGCAGCUCACUGCUUCAGAAGCCACUCUGAUACUCGUCAAUGGACUGUCACUUUUGGUAUCUCCACAACAUUUCCUAAAGAGAGAAGAGGAGUAAGGACUAUUUUAAUCCAUAACAAUUAUAGACCUGAAACUCAUGAAAAUGAUAUUGCACUUUUACAACUUGAUAAAGAAGUCACCUUUUCCAGAAAUAUCCAUACGGUGUGCCUCCCAGAGGCUAGCCAGUAUAUUCCACCUGGUUCCACUGCUUAUGUAACAGGAUGGGGAUCUCAAAAAUACACCGGCAGCACAGUUUCAGAUCUACAACAAGCACGGGUCAAUAUAAUAAGUAAUAAUGUAUGUAAUGCACCAUCUAGUUAUAAUGGAGCCAUCUUGCCUGGAAUGCUAUGUGCUGGACUAUCUCAAGGUGGAGCGGAUGCAUGCCAGGGGGACUCUGGUGGCCCACUAGUACAAGAAGACGAACGGCAGCUCUGGUUCCUCGUGGGGAUAGUAAGCUGGGGGUAUCAGUGUGGUCUGCCAGAUAAGCCAGGAGUGUAUACUCUAGUGACAGCCUACCAUGACUGGAUAAAAAAACACACUGGGAUCUAG